AUGGAUGACCGGCUAAGAUUGCAACGACUGCUACGAGAACUUCGUACGCAGACGCCAGAGAAUGCUAUCCGUGAGCUUCAGAACCUUUUGAAUAAAGAGAAUGGCCCUUGGCCUUUUGAAGACCUCAUCCGCUGUUACCAAAGCACCUGGAAGGAUUUGCCUGAAGCUGCUCGGGAUGGCAACGACUCGACAUGGAACACUGCAAUAGACGUAUUGAAGUGCCAAUUAAAACACUUCGCUCCGCAUAUGGAAGAUCUUUUACACCAAGGCUCUUCGAGACCGGCACUAAUCGACACAGAGGCUAAAAAAGAGAUAUCCCAUGGCGUGGUUCAUGAAUUCGUGAGGAAUUUUGACUUGGGCAUUGAUGGCUCGACUAGCAGGAAACCUCGCGUAAUGGUUGUUUUACCCAACGGUCCUUUGUUGGCUCUUGCGGUCCUUGCGGUAGCGAAUCGAUAUACGCUAGUGCCAAUGGCAAGAGCUGUGACUUCCGAACAGCUGAAAAUGGACAUCAAAGCCGUAGAGGCCGACGCGAUUCUCAUGCUAGAAGCAGAUGUUCAAAAGUUCCAACUUGACCCGAAAAUUGCUAGCUUCAUCGUCCAACCUCAAGAUAACCUGACCUUCAAAGUAUCCCGCUGGAACGAUGCUGGCCCUUCAACCGUUGCUUGUACGAAGCCUAACGGUCCAGAUGAUCUCGCUUGGUGUCCGACUUGGUACUAUGCAACACCAACCAUGCACCAUAUGAUAUUGGCCGAAGCAGAAAGCUGUCAGGAAUCAGUUCACCAAAGCUCCAUCAAAUUCAUCUGCAAUGCCGGCGGGGGCCUUCCUCCAACUCUUGCAGAGCAGCUUCAUUCUACCUUCGGUUGUGUUAUUUUACCAAGUUACGGGAUGACAGAAUGUGCUCCUAUUGCAGCACCACCUCUGGACUACGACCUCACCCGAGUGGGGACAUCUGGCCUCCCAGCAGGCCCUGACAUAGCCAUUAUGGAUAUAUCACGAGCGUCCCGCGUCCCCAUUGGUACAACAGGAAGGAUUUGUGUGAGGGGCCUUCCGGUCUUCAAUGGGUAUCUAACGCCCGCUGGUAUAGAUACAAGCGCUUUUGAUGCAGCUGGGUGGUUCGACACUGGCGACCUUGGACGCAUGGAUGAAGCAGGGUAUCUCUAUAUUACUGGGAGAAGCAAAGAAGUUAUUAACCGUGGAGGAGAGAUAAUUUCCCCCCUGGAGGUCGAAGAUGCCAUCAUAUCAGCCUCAAAGGACCCCUCCUCCGCCAUUUUUGGUCGGGUUGCAGAAACCAUGGCAUUCUCUACACCCCAUGACGUACUACAGGAAGUUGUUGGUGCUGUGAUCGUGACCCCUGCAGGGUGCAAAAGACCUGAUCUCCGACAAAUACAUGAAGCGCUCAAAGACCGCCUGGACCAACCCAAGCGGCCCGCAGUUCUGGUCUAUAUGGAUAACGUCCCAAAGGCUCACAACAAACUACGUCGCAUACAACUCAGUCGUCGAUUAGGAAUGAAGACGCUUACAGACGAUACCUUGCCAUCCGACUGUCACUACGAAGCAAUGUGCCCUCCACCCGAAACCCCUUUGGAUGUCUUAAUUGGCCAAAGAAGAUGUGUUAUCCAGCCUGAUGUGGUGGAAGCACAUCUUACUGAGAUCGCUGGGAUAUCGGAUGUUCUGAUCCGGACCAACCUAGUAGACGGAUACCUUCAGGCUAUCUUGUUUAAUGCCAUUCAGGAUCAACUAUCUGCUGAUAAUAUAUAUGCACGCCUUCGCAUUCUCGUUGACGGAUACCUUGUUCCUAGUAGUAUUAGGAUCAUUAAUGGGCGACCACCAGUGGAUUCUAGAGGCAAAAUAGAUGAAGCUGCCGUACUUGCCUCACUUCACCCUCAGUCGCAGUCUUCAACCUCACGUAUUGAACGACGGGUUUGCGAUCUCUUUGCCAGUGCACUGCGACUAACACCGGGGGAUGUCGGGACUUCCACAGACUUCUUUCUAGCUGGUGGGGAUAGCCUGACAGCUGGACGUCUUGUCUCUCGCAUUCGACAAGAAUUUAGUAUUCGACUUGCCAGUGAUGUACUAUUUCGGCACAGUACAGUCUCGGAAAUAAGUAUCGUCAUCGAAGAGGCUAUGGUCCAGCCGAAGGUCGAAAAGGCAAAGUCUGAAGAUCUCCCUGGUUGCCGGGAGACGUACAGCUCUACAAAUCCAGCCAUUCUUCUGCUCAACUUAAUACCCUUGGGUGUAUUUUCCCCAAUACUGCAGACGUUGCGAUGGUCCAUAUUUGUGUAUUUUCUAAUUCAAGCAUUCCGCUGGCAAAUCCGAGAUUCCGUUGUUGGGCGACUUUUCCUCAUCCUUAUGGCUGGGGUGCUAUCUCGACAAGUGAUACAUGUCUUCUCUCCUCUCCUGGGAAUUGCAUUCAAAUGGCUACUCAUAGGUCGAUACCGGGCUGGGAUAUACCCCAUGUGGGGACCUUAUCAUUCUCGGUGGUGGUUGACACAAAAAGUACUCCAAGUGUGUGGGAUGGGUGUCUUCGACCGCUUCGGCUUUACCCGAGUCCUAUAUUACCGUGCUCUUGGAGCACGCAUUGGCCGCAACGUUCGCAUCCAUCCGCAUGCCUCCCUAGGGGAGUACGACCUAAUUGAAAUUGGUGAUGAUGUCGUGCUGGAUAACUGCUCGUGUCGCCCCUUCUCCGCAGAAAGAAAUACAUCUAUGCUUUUACAACCAAUUCGCAUUGGGCGGGACUGUACUGUGGGCCUCAAUGCAGUCAUUGCCUCCGGCACAGACCUCCCGUCUGGGACUUGUUUAGGGCCAAAUACGUCUAGCUGGGAAAUGGAGGACGCGCAGGAGUCAAACCGUGAGCUAGUCUCUGCACAGAUCCCACAACCACAUUGGAUUUGGUACGUCUUAGUUGUGGUACCGCUGUCGGUGCUAGUAUCAUUCAUCUCUCGAUUUCCGGCAAUAGUGGCAUUUUUACCCGUGGUGAUGAGGUACCGACAUGCCCAAACUGACAUGCUCCAUCAUCAACUCCUCUGGUUUGUGAGCCCAUCACGGAUUGGGUAUUAUACUUUGGUGAUACUCUCUGGGUCUGUUGUCGGUCCGUUCGCUUGGUUUUUUGCAGUAUGCCUUGUCAAGCUGGGGUUGGAUUUAAUCUGUGGUCGACCGAGGCCUGGUCCAUGCAAUCAGCUUACCCAGCGGCAAAAAAUCCGAAGCGCCGUGUUGGAUUCCAUUCUCCCGCGAGGAGACAUCUCACGGCUGACUCGGAUUAUAGGAACGCACUAUGAACUCGUCUCUAUUGCAGUGAGAAUGCUUGGCGGGCGUGUCGGCAAACGAGUUUACUGGCCAGGCACUGGAAUUACAAUGGUCCAGGAUUACGAUCUUCUAGAGAUUGGCAAUGAUGUUGUAUUCGGAUCCCGAUCUACUUUUGUUACAUCCGACGGGAUAGGAAGAGAUCGCAUAGUCAUUGGGGAUGGGGCAUUUGUGGGAGACCAUGUUGUUGCUCUUCCUGGAGUUACUGUUGGAAAAAGCACCACGGUUGGAUCAGGGGCGCUUCUACGUCGGAACGGUUCAUACCCAGACAAUACAACCUGGACUGGAAGUAAGCAUGGAGAUGCCAUACAAUUUCCCCAGAAUACCUCUCCCCGAAACCACAGCCAAGAAAGCCUGGAGAAACUAGAUCUAAAAAAUGAUGACAAUGACACAAUAACGCCGUUUGGACGAGCCUUUUAUAAAGGACAAGCAGACUACUAUGUGCUCGGUAUCGGAGCCAUUGUUGCAUACUCUACUCUGGCUGCAGCCAUCGGCGCGGUGUACUCCGCUUCCAGUAUCCUUACGGGUUUACUAGUGGUUUCUCGACUCGUACGGAUGGGUCAUACGAUGCCUGGACUACAUUGGUGGAGACCAUUCAUAUUUUACGCAGCAUUCACUGCAGUUGUAGGAGCAGUGACUCUUAUGCAGAGCGCUGCAGCCUUGGGAAUCAAAAUAGCGGCGAAGUGGAUAAUUCUCGGACGGCGACAGGAAGGCUUCUACCCGUGGGACCGAAGCAGCUACUGCCAGCGCUGGCAGAUUCUGCUCACUAUCGAGCGGAUUUUUACAGGGUAUCCUAGACGGAUUAAUACGAUGGUUUUGCUGACCGGGACGGCAUAUAUGGUCCAGUAUUACCGAGCACUGGGUGCCACUAUAGGCGCUGACUGUGCAUUAGCAGCCAGCGGUGAAGCCGACCUAUUGAUGACAGAGCCCGACCUCGUAACUCUAGGGAGUAGAGUGACGAUUGACCAUGCUAGUUUGGUGGGACAUCUGAAUACGAGGGGAGAAUUCGAGCUUCAUCGAUUGCAGGUAGGAAGCCGCAGUGUGCUCCGAACUAAGUCAAGAUUGUUGUCGGGAGCGUCGGUCGGUGAAGAUGCGUGCUUGUUGGAGCACACAUUGGUUCUGUCAGGAGACCAUAUAGAUGACGGGUGUACGGUUCAGGGCUGGCCCGCUGAGCCCUUCAUGGAGUCGCGGGUAGGGUAUUCCUUUCAAUUGCCAUAA